UGUACAAACUAAAGAUGGCCGAGGUUGACAAUGAUGGAGAGCAGAAGACAGCAGACAAAGACAAUUUACAAAUCUUAAAGGAGUUAGUAGAUGACCUGUACUCCUUUAGGGACCGUUACUUUGAGACACAUAGCGUUGAAGAUGCUGGUAGAAAACAGAAUGAUGUUGCUGAAGAGAUGGCCAAGACACUGGAGAGACUUGAGAAAAUGGAAGGCUUGAACAAACACAGUGCCCAUUUCCUUCUGCUGCGGGGCCGGUGUCUGAACGUUGCCCCUGGAUUCAGUCAGGCUGCUGAAGAGUGCCUUUCCCGGGCUGUUAAACUGGAACCGUGUUUGGUUGAGGGCUGGAACACACUUGGAGAGCAGUACUGGAAAAAAGGAGACCUGACUGCAGCCAAGACCUGCUUUACAGGUGCACUGCAGCAGAGUAAGAACAAAGUGUCUCUGAGAAGCCUGUCUAUGGUGCUUAGACAGCUGCCACCAGAAGGGGAUGCUCAAGAGCAGAGUAAACGCAUUUUAGAAAGCGUGGAGCUGGCCAGGCAGGCUGUGCAACUUGAUGUCACUGAUGGGACAUCUUGGUACAUUUUAGGAAAUGCAUAUAUUUCCAUGUUCUUCACCAGUGGUCAGAACCCACAGCUGUCUCAACAGGCCCUCAGUGCUUAUGCACAGGCUGAGAAAAUUGACAAAUCAUCCUCAAUGAAUCCUGACCUCCAGUUCAACAGAGCUACGUUGUUCCAGUAUGAGGAGAUGUACAGUUCAGCAUUGGAUGGAUACAGUCGUGCUGCCAUCCUUGACCCUGCCUGGGAAGAACCUCAGGAGAGAGAAAAACAGCUUCUGAAUUACUUAGACCAGAUUACAGCAUUAGUAGAGAACAAGGGAAAAGUAAAAGCACGGCGUCUUCGUAACAUGCUCUCCUCCAUCAGUAGCUCCGCCCUGGGCCCGUGCUCCUCCCCUCGGUUCCGCUCUCCCUCAGGUAGCAUGGGAAGCCUGGAACCCCGCAGCCUCUCAACCCUCACUCACGGACUUAACUCUGGGAUAGCAGCCCUAGGAAAAGUGGUCUUCAGCUUGGCCUCAGAGGGCCGUAUGGCCUUCACAUUUGGCAUGGUGGACAGCGAAGAGACCUGUUGCUUGGUCAUGGUGUACAACACUGCAGACAGCUGGGGUGUUUUAAUAGGAGAUACUGUUGUCAUUCCUGAACCGCAGAUUAAACGGCACAGUGUUACACAUAAAGAUAAGUCGUAUGACUUCCGAAGUAUGCGUGUGGACUCUCCUUUGCUUCUCAUUGUCAAUGGGAAAAGGCAAGUGAUGAAAAGCCAAAGUGCAGCCUUUGUUACUUACAAGCCACAGAGUGAAUGAAAACCAGCAUGAGUAGGUAGUGUUAAGGGUAGUUUUUUUUCUUUUGUAUAUAUUUUGUAAUGUUUUUUUACUUCCAGUUUUUCAAGACAAGAGAACUCUUUGUACAUAUUUUUCCAAUUGUUUCCCAUUUUAAUUUUCCUCUUGUCUGUUGUUAGACUUUGUAAGAUUGUGCUGCUGUUUCAUACUUUGUUGUGAAAUUAAAUUACGUUAAUUAAAUUACGGUGUUUUAAGUUUAACUUUUACUUAAAACUGUUUUAAGUUUUUGUUUAAAUA